AUCUCAAGAUUAAUUCUCAUUUUGCAAGAGGGAGAGAGAUCAACCAGACCAGAGAUGGAGUUCUUGGCAAGUUGCUUCCUAUGUCUUCUCCUCUUUAUGUGUGUCUAUGUCUUGGUUCAAGUUUGUAGUUCAAUUACAAGUACUAGAAGCAGAGCAAGUUCUAGUAAGCUUCCGCCUGGUCCACGGAGGAUUCCAAUCUUGGGAAACCUCUUGGAUCUUGGUAACAAACCCCACAAGUCUCUGGCUGAGCUUGCCAAAACUCAUGGUCCCAUAAUGCGUCUCAAACUAGGCAACUUAGUCUCAAUUGUUGUUUCUUCAGCAGCCAUGGCCAGAGAAAUCCUACAGACUAAUGACCUUAUCUUCUCUAAUAGAACCAUUGUCGAUGUAAUCCGAGGCCGCCAACACCACAAACUGGGGAUGCCUUGGAUAUGCUAUGAUGAACCAGAGAAUGAAGGAGUCUUGAAUCAAAAUCAGAAGAAUGCUUUGCAGAAGCUUCAAAAGCAAGAUCAACAUGCCCUCUCUAUUAUACUCAUGGGCUUGGAUGAAGCUCUGUUUGAGAAAGCUGCUACUGCUACAAAGGCUAAGGAAGCCUGGGGGAUUCUUGAGAAUAAUUUUAAAGGAAUUGACAAAGUGAAGAAGUGUUAUGGAGAGAAGAUUGAAGAUGUACGUGUUGUGGAGAAGAUUCUCAGGUCACUUGACUCAAAACUUGAGUUUAAAGACUUAAAAGGAAGCAAGAACCGAUGGCCCAAGUUCUCCAAACUAAGGUCUCUUUGGGAGAACAAGAGCAAGAGCAUGGACAAUCUCAAGGAAGAGGUCAAAGUUGAGGUCGAGGCCGAGGUCCUGGUCGUGGUUGUGGUCGUGGUCGAGGAGGAAAUUUUGGCUGUGGCUGAGGAAGAGGAAGAAAUGAAGGUGGCCAAAAUUUUAACAAUGAAUGGUCGAGCAAUCAACCACGAGGACAUGGAAAUUAUGGUUCAAAGAGAGGAAGCGGAAGAAGCAAAAGAAGAAGAAGAAUUGCUGCUGUUGAUGGCAACUAAAGAAGAAAGAGAUAUCAGAGCAUGGUACCUUGACACGGGUGCCGCUAAUCACAUGAGUGGCAACAAAGAGUUGUUUUCAACUCUUAAUGAGGCAGUAAAAGGCAACAUUAUAUUUGGAGAUGAUACCAAAAUCCCAAUCAAAGGCAAAGGUGAUGUUCUCAUCCGUUCAAAAAAUGGAAGUCACCUUUUAAUUACUCAAGUUCAUUAUGUGCCUACUUUGAAAUCUAAUAUUUUGAGCUUGGGACAAUUGCUUGAGAUGGGGUAUGAUAUUCAUUUGAAGGAUGGUUGCCUUACUUUGAGAGAUGGUUCAGACAACUUGGUUGCGAAGGUACCUAUGGAGAAGAAUAGAAUGUUUUUGCUCAAUGUUCACGUGGAUCAUCCAAGAAGCUUGAAGACUUGUGUUGAAGAAGCUUCUUGGCUUUGGCACUUGAGACUGGGUCACUUGAACUUUGGUGGCUUGAAGGCUUUAGCAAGUGAAGAGAUGGCAAAAAGUGAAGUUUUUGGAGCAUUCCAAAAAUUCAAAGCUCUUGUCGAGAAGGAGAGUGGUUACUCUAUCAAAGGCUUAAGGACUGAUGGAGGAGGAGAAUUCACUUCCAAGGAAUUUCAAAAUUUUUGUGAAAAUAAUGGAAUUCGUCAUUUCCUCAUUGUUCUGAGGUCCCCGCAACAGAAUGGCGUCGUUGAGCAGAAGAAUAGAACCAUUCUUAACAUGGUUCGAAGCAUGCUUAGGAGCAAGAAUAUGCCCAAGGAAUUAUGGGCAGAAGCAGUGGCAUGUGCUGUGUAUUUGUCUAAUAUUUCUCCCUCAAAAAGUGUUCAAGAAGGAGAAUCCAGACAAGACACAAGGCAAGAUGUUGCUACUCCACCUCACUCUCCUCAUGGAUCUCAAUCACCUAAGGAUUGUUCUUCUGAAGGGCCAUUACGUACAAAAAAUCUUGUUGAUAUUUAUGAAGAAACUGAGGUGGUUGAUAAUCCAAGUUUCUUUUGUCUCUUUGCUGACAUCGAACCGUUAAAUUUCGAAGAGGCAGCAGUAGACAAGAAAUGGAAGCAUGCAAUGCAUGAAGAGAUUAAAGCAAUCCAAAAGAAUGGCACAUGGGAGCUGGUGACUCUUCCGAAAGGGCAAAGGGCAAAAGGCAAUUGGCGUGAAGAAUAUGGCAUUGACUAUGAUGAGGUUUUUGCCCUUGUUGCUCGCUUGGAAACCAUUCAGUUGAUCAUCUCCUUGGCAGCUCAAAACAAGUGGAAAAUUUAUCAAAUGGACGUUCAAUCCGCUUUCUUGAAUGGCUAUCUUGAAGAGGAAGUGUAUGUUCAACAGCCAUUGGGAUAUGUUGUCAAGGGACAUGAAGACAGAGUCUUGAAAUUGAAGAAGGCGUUGUAUGGCUUGAAGCAAGCGCCAAAGGCAUGGUAUAGCCGCAUUGACAAAUAUUUCCAAGACCAUGGCUUCACCAAAUGUCCACAUGAACAUGCUCUUUAUGUCAAAGAAGACAAAAUUGGUGGCUUUGUGCUAGUGUGCUUGUAUGUUGAUGACUUGAUCUUCACCGGCAAUAACGCAAACAUGUUUGAAGAAUUUAAGAAGGCAAUGACUCAAGAAUUUGAGAUGACCGACAUUGGUCUCAUGUCCUACUACCUUGGAAUUGAGGUAAAGCAAAAUGAAGAUGGGAUUUUUAUUUCUCAAGAAGCUUAUGCAAAGAAAGUUCUAGAGAAAUUUGAAAUGGCAAAUUGCAAGCCAGUAAGCAACCCCAUUGCUUGUGGAACUCGAUUGUCGAAGUACGAUGAAAGUACAAAGGUGGAUCCCUCUCUGUAUAGAAGCCUUGUUGGAAAUCUGAGAUAUUUGACUUACACAAGGCCAGACAUUCUCUAUGGUGUUGGUCUUGUGAGUCGGUACAUGGAGGCACCUACUUCAACACACAUGAAGAUGGCUAAGAGAGUACUUCGAUACAUCAAAGGUACUAUUGAUUAUGGCCUAACUUAUUCUUUUUCCACAAAUUUCAAACUCUAUGGCUACAGUGAUAAUGACUGGGGUGGUGAUGUUGAUGAUCAGAAAAGCACCACUGGCUUUCUAUUUUUCUUGGGUGACACUGCUUUCACUUGGUGUUCAAAAAAGCAACCCAUUGUAACUCUCUCUACUUGUGAAGCUGAAUUUGUUUUUGCUGCAUCAUAUAACAAGUCAGCUAUUGCUUUGGGAAAGAAUCCAAUGUUUCAUGAUCGAAGCAAGCAUAUAGACACCAGAUAUCACUUCAUAAAGGAGUGCAUUGAGAGGAAAGAUGUAAAGCUUGCCUAUGUGAAGACUAAUGAUCAAAUUGCAGAUAUUUUCACCAAGGCACUGAAGUUUGAAGAUUUUGCAAGACUGCGUGCUUGGAUUGGAGUGACUAGAGGUGAUCAAGUUUAAGAGGGGGUGUUGGAAAAAUAAACUUGAUUUAUUAAUCUCCUAUGUUUAGUCAUGUACCUGCACAGUUCAUGUGCCAGCAUAGUUCAUGUACCCAUUUAUUUUAUCUUUAUAGUUUCUAGGAGUUUCAUUUAACUGUUUUGGGUUUGGAGUCUUUUGUGCCUAUAAAAUGGCUUGUGCUUG